AUGUCAAUCCCCAUCCGCAAGUAUCUCCAUCAGUCUCUGAAGCAUUGGCUGGGACGAAUGCUCUGCCGGACGGAGAUCGAAACCUGGCUGAAGAAGCGUCGAUGGAACCAUGGACGUGCUACUAUGCCUAUGACAGAUGUCUUUCACGGGAUCGCUCUUCAAUCGCUGUACGGUCCCGAGCCGGGCCAGGCGUUCCUCGACUCUCCCCUUCACGAGAUGCGGCUCGUCUUCGCCCUUUCGGCGGACGGGUUCAACCCAUACCAGAUGAAAGAGGCGAAGCACAGUGUGACGAGCACUGCCGUGUACAUGAUCUGUCUCAACCUUCCGGAGAACUUGCGCUACCUCCCAGAGAACCUUUACCUUGCCGGCGUCAUCCCCGGCCCAACAAAGCCCUCUACAUCCCAAAUCAACCACUUUCUG